AUGUACUCUCAGGCGCUUGAAAGGCUGCAUCACGUCGCAGUAUAUCUCACUCCGAGCGUCGACACUAUUUCCAACACAACAGGAACGCUCGUCGAGCUCGCAAAGCACAGCAUCCCAUGUCUAACUGCUCUCGGGCUUCAUGAUCUUCGCAGGGAGAUCACAGCCUACAUCACUCAGGAACCACUCCGUCUCGCUUCGAUCUGUCUCUUCGCUUUCCCUGAGGCAGUUAUCUCGCCCAUUCUAUACCUCACAGGAUUUGGAUCUCUGGGUCCUAUUGCUCAUUCUCUAGCCGCGUGGUAUCAAGCCUCGUUUGGUAACCCGGUGGCAGGAGGGGCCUUUGCACACUUGCAAAGCGCGGCGAUGGGUGGCUAUGGACUGGGUGUUUUGAACACUGCUCUUCGGGGGGUAGUGGGUGUAGCUACGGGGGUGCAGAUGGCUUUGGGGAAGGCGAAUGGGACUUUGGCAGGAUGA